CGAUUGUCGAGUACUUGAACCACCGUCUUUCUCUCGACGGAGGAAGCAACCACCAGUGACUCAAGAUGACUGGAAGGACACAUCGGGGUUCGGCCGUCACCCGCGGCGUAGAUGGGCCGCAGAUCCCAAAUCAACCACAUCGGGUGGUGGUGUGUGGCGGUGGCAUCAUUGGCCUCACCACAUGCUACUACUUGGCGCGACGGGGUCACGAGGUCGUAUGUAUCGAGCGGGAGUCGCAGGUGGGCAUGAUGGCUUCGUACAAGAACGGAACGUUCUUCGACUCGACGUUGUAUAGCAGCUGGGCCGAUUUGUCCUUGCUGUACAAGAAGCAUAUGCAUCAGGUGACGACGAACAGCAAGGAGAAGGGUUUCCGGGUGGAAGCGGCGGCAUGGAUCGACCCAAACUUUUGGGCGUGGGGACUCAAGUUUAUGACCAACGCCACGUCGAAACGGGCCAAGGAGAACGGCCGCAAGAUCCGCGAGCUCGGGUUCUACAGCCAGCGGAAGCUGCAGGAACUGCUUCGCAUGCACCCGGAAGUCGAGGACGAGAUGGAGCCCACCGCCCAAGGCACUCUCGAAGUGUUUCAGAGCAAGGCCGAGAAGGACGACGUGCUCGAGAGCGACCGCAUCAAGCAUUGCGCCGAGUUCCAGUUCCCGCUACAACCGCUCGACCCACACGAGGCAGCAGACAUUGAACCUGCGUUGAAUCGAUCCAUCUUUGCCCCUGGCGCGAUCUUCUCCCCCACCGGAACCAACGGCGACGUGCACAAGACCUGCAUGGCGCUCGCGACGCUCUGCAAGCAACAUGGCGUCAUGUUUCGCAUGGACACAGACAUCAAGGACGUGCUCGUCGUCGACAACCGCGUCGUGGCCAUCCAAGUCGCCAACGGCGACCUUAUUGAAGGCGACAGCUUCGUCUUGGCCCUCGGCAACCAUACGGCCGCCGUCGCCAAGUUGGCCGGCAUCAAAUUGUACAUGUAUCCCGUCAAGGGGUACGUGCUGACCGUGCCGCGGCACGCCGAGUUUCCGCACCUCAAGUGCAAUAUUUAUGCUGGCGGCAACGCCCUCGUGUCGCCCCUACGCGACAACGGCAUCCGCAUCAGCGGCGGCGCCGACUUUGCCGGCUUCAACUACAAGAGCGACCCGAAGCGCGUGGCGUGGCUACUGAAGCAGGCCAAGGCGGUGUUCCCGGACGGGUACUUGGACGAGUCCAAGGUCGACACGCACGUGUGUCUGCGUCCCGUGAGUGCGGACGACGUGCCGUUGAUCGGCCAGACCACCGUCGACAACUUAUUUGUCAAUUCUGGCCACGGGUCCAAGGGAUGGAGCCUUUCGUUUGGGUCCGCGGCGAUCCUCGCCGACCAAAUCAGCGGCCGCACGCCCGAGCUCAACAUUGAAACGUACUCGCCGUGUCGCUUUGGGUUGUUUUAGAUACAUCGUUCACUUCCCGUGAAUGGUCUCUUAACUUAUCUGCUACAAGUCGUUAUUUGGUACCCUGA